GUCAAAAAGACCACGUCAUUGUUAAUUGUCAUCAUUUGAAAUUAAUUGUGAAAAAAAACUCAUUAUUAUGCAGUUUUUCCAAGAAAAGGAUUAUAUUUACACUCAUUAUCUUCCUGUCAAUAAGGAUCGCUUCACACGAUUCUCGCCUCAACAAGACGACGCUACAAGACAAACCAGGCGGAGCUUGCACUAACGCGCACCAGCCAACCAAAUUUGAGAACGGCUCCGCCCAUCCGACCUCGGAUAAAACAACUGAUGGGCACAAGAAGGACACACUUUCCUGUCAACCUCCGGUGCAGUUAUCUGUGUAGUGUUAUGCAUUUCUACGAUAAGAUGUUCAACCAAGAGCAAAACAACAACGUCCCCGUUGUGCUGGAUGUCAUUCCGCCGCAUUACAACAUACAUCAUGGGGCCAGUCCGCCAGAGUCCCCCAACAACCAACAGUACACUAAAGAUUGCUCAAGUCCUACUCCUUCCGACAAGUUGAACACUUCCACGGCUUCCUCGGUUAAUGUCAACGAUCAGAACAUACGGAGAUACAGAACUGCCUUCACCAGGGAGCAGUUAGCAAGACUCGAAAAGGAGUUUUUCAAGGAGAAUUACGUCUCGAGACCCAGGAGGUGCGAACUGGCCGCACAACUCAACCUCCCAGAAAGCACCAUUAAGGUUUGGUUCCAGAACCGCCGGAUGAAAGACAAGCGUCAAAGAAUGGCCAUCGCUUGGCCAUACGCCGCCGUCUACACAGAUCCGGCUUUUGCCGCCUCCAUUUUCCACGCGGCCGCCACUAGUCUGCCUCUGCAUUACCCGCCGCCGCCGCCGGUCUACACCCACCACUACGCCAGGUACCACCCGUACCCCAACUUCGGGGUGCCUCCAGCCGGGAUUCCUCUGCAAAAUCCGGCGCUGAAUUUGAACCCGCCGGUUCCACAAAACGCACAAUUACCGCUGAAUCUAGGAUUGGAUUUUCCCUAUCAAGGGAAGUUCGAGCUACCGACAAAGUCGUCUCCGAGGAGUUCACCAGUCCAUUCGGAUGUCAGUCUGAGUCCAGUGCCAGUUCACGAGCCUCUUUUGAUCACCGCAGAGAAGUUGUCGCCGCAGGGACAGACGAAGAUUCCUCAACAACCCAAAUUGUUCAAACCAUAUAAAUCGGAAGCGUAAAGACAUGUAAAUUUUGUAAAUAGUUUGUGCAUGGUUGCUUUUUACGUGUACUAUUUUUAGAUUAAGUGUUGUAUAUAAAUUAGUUACUUGUUAUAAAGACUUUAUUGUUUGUGAACUGAAAUUUAUUUAUUUUAAGAUUAAGGCAUUUUAGUGAAAUAUAAACGUUUUUUCGA